UUGAUAAUUUUGUAGUUAACUUCAAUCCCAGUAGGUGGACAAGCAACAAACCACUAUGAGUUUGAUUUCGAGUUCUUGGGAGGUCAUAAUCCCAUGGCUUACAGAUUGAAUACAAAUGUGUUUGCAAAUGACAAGGGACAUAGGGAGCAACAAUUUUGUCUUUGGUUUGAUCCUACUGCAGAUUUUCACAAAUAUGAACUUUUUUGGAACCAGUACCAAAUAGUGUUCUUUAUAGACGGGACGCCAAUAAGAGUGUUCAAAAACAACACAAAUAUUGGAGUGAGUUAUCCAUCAAACUCCAUGCACAUAGAAGCAAGCAUAUGGAAUAGCACUGCAUGGGUAGGACCAGUGGAUUGGAGUCAAGGGCCCUUCAUUGCUCAUUAUCAAGGAUUUUCAAUUGAUGGGUGCAAAUAUAACACUCUUAACCCUAAGGCAUGCGAUAAUUGGAAUGCAGGAAAAGAUCGGAAGCUGAGUCCUGAUCAACAAAGAAGAUAUCAUGAUGCUAGAAAGAAGUACAUGGUUUAUGAUUACUGUUCCAACAACUCAAAAAAAUUCGCAGAGUGCUUAUCUGAUUUCCCAGUAGAAGAGCAAAUUGAAGAGGAUAUGAACAACGUAGGGUUUAAUCCGUCAUCUAAUUGGGACGAGAAUCUCCACACUUAGAAAAGGUG